AUGGAGGGGAUGACACGCAGAGAGAAGCGUGGGCAGAGGGCGCCGAAGAAGGCGUCGCCUGCGGCGGCCUCUCAUUCUGGCGCCGCGGGCUGCGCAACUGAGUUUGACAGGCGCUGGACGGACCGUUGGCGUCAAGAUCUGCAGCGUCGUCUACAUGAGGCCUCCUCCUCGUCGUCGUCGUCGUCGUCGUCGUCGUCGUCGUCGCCGUCGCCAAGGGAGAACUCGCGCAUUGCGGGAAACGCGACUCCAACGUCGCCAGCGACGCCGUGCUCACCGUUGCUGCGUGACACUAAAGCGACAUCAUCUGCGGCAAUACGGCACUUGGAUCCAACGUGUGUGCCUGCGGAUGCUUCGCGGGCAAAGAAGGGACGCAGUCAACUAUUAAAACUGCCUUUUUUUUCUCCAGUGGGGAAUACGGAGGAAGCGGUUACAGGUACUCACCAAAACGAAGGCAGUGUCUUGCAUUCUUUUAGUAGUGGCGUGCGGCAUGACGCGCCUGCGCUGCCGACAUUUGCAGCAAAUGACCCAGUUGUGUCUAACGUCUGGACCUCCACAGAGGCCUCACCGAGACGACGACACCGACGGAAGAGCGAAUCCUGUGACAUGGAUGGAUACUCCGCAGCGGAGGAAGGAGGCCCCAGAACACAAGACCACAAAGUGGCUUCUGCGACGCCGCAAAGGAAAGCCAUUACCGCCAGCCAAUUGGAUAUUUCGUGCAACUUCGGUGAUGGCCGUGAAAAGGCUGCCAAUGUUGCUGAUGCGAGUAGUGUGAGUCUCCCUUUUCAACCAUCGACGUCAACCACGCAGGAAGUCCCGCAUGCUCAGACAUCGUUUGAUUCCAUCGGCGUCAAAGCACUGCCUUCGCAAAGUGAAGGCACAAAUAGAACACCUGCUUGUCCUUGCAUCGUGAUUCCGGAAGCUUCAACGAAUGUGGGCGCUGACAUGUUCCAGCUGCACGGAAAGGGGAGCGGAAACCACAAUUCAGCAGAAAAGACAGGCCGUUGGGAGCGCUGCACGCGAAGCCUACCAUUAGCAAGUGUGUUAGUACCGUACUGCCUGGUCCUUGUAUGUUUGUCGCUGUUUUGCGCACUAACACCGUAUUAUGUGACGAUGUUUAGCAUCAGCGAUUCCGUUGAGGAGAUUCACAAACAUCUUCGUCUUGAGAUCCAUUCACAGCUAGAGGGGGCGCUAAAUGUUGCUGGUGUCUUGUCAAACGUUUUCGUCGCUCUGUACAUUGGAAACGAGCGGCAUCCAAGCCCUAACGAUGAUUGGGUGCCUAUGGGCCUUCCGAUGUCGCAGCGUCUUUGUGCGGCGUUACAGAACAUGGAUCGGUACAGGCUACUGACCCACGCCUACAUUGUCUCUGCCAAGCGUGACGAUAUUGCGCUUUGUUCAAGGGGAUUUCAUUCGUACUAUCUAGCCACAUUUAAUCGAUCCCCAGUUGAUCGUUCAUUUGCUUCUAUUGUCGCUAUUGACCCUAUAAACAUGAGUUUGACGGACCCGCCACUGGUGCUGAAGAACAUUCGCGCGCCCUUUCAACUGCAGGAUCUUUUAAAUAAUUUGACUCAAACAAUGAGGCUAAUUCAGGCAUGGAAGGCGGAGUUGGACGCCGGACAAGAACCCAAAACGCAAAUGUGGAUGAUGGAAAACUUUCUCGGCGCACGGUACGUAUACACUUACCCGUUUCUUGAGAAGGAUGGCUCCGUUGGGUUUCUGAAAGUUGGACUUGACCUUAGAUGGGUGAUUGACCAAGUCUCAAUGGACAAACUUGGACCACUCCAUUCAACCCGUGUCAUGCUGCUUGAGAAUGGCGAGAAUGGCGAAAAUCUGACGCUGGUCGCGAGCAACUGUCAUGAGAAGUGGAAGCUCGGGAACAAACAAGGGGACUUCGGAGUUGGGUCGAUCCCAGUUGGCACAAAAGGUGAGGAAGAGAAUGGGCAUGUGCUUCGAGACCUUUAUUUCGGUGAAGGGAAGAGUGGGAACGUGUUUUCUCGACGCAAAGGAUGGGCUUUGGAUGAUCCGUUAAUGCGCGCGGCAAUUCAUCAUGUGCAGAUGAAGGAGGUUCUGGCGAUGGUCCACAGGGGGAAGGAUUUCUUUAUCAAGUUUCCGUACCGCGGAUCCUACGGCACGUUUAGCGUCUCCCUGACGCACUCUGAGCACAAUGCCUCAAUGCUCUUGUUCGUUGCGGCGCAUCACCUUUACGGUGACCGCCUCCAAACUUCUCAUUUACUCGGUUUUUUUGGCGCGUUCCUCACCACACUGUCGUCAACUCUGCUGCUUUAUGCCGUUCUCACCAUCUUCGUCAGUCGUCCAUUGCACAAUAUUGCGGCAGAGCUUCGUGGGGCGACGAAGGUGAAUGCGAAUUCACCCAAUGAACCUUCCAUGGGCGCGGAUAACAAAGGCCGACGUUUUGCGCUGCUGGAAAUAUACUUACUAGAGAGCGUGGCUGCCUCACUGAAGGAGCAAAUGUGUCACCUCUGCUCAUUCUUGCCCCAAGGGCUGCUACCGUUAAGGCCUAGAACUGAUGACGAACGGGGAUCACACUACAUGGACACCCGCGUUGAGAAUGAGGCAAGUGAUAAGGACCUGCUAAGUAAGGGUAGCAAUGAGGCAUUCAUGCCCGAGUCAAAAGAAACGUGGAUUGGGGCAACGCUGAUUCGUGGCCCACAAGAUAAAAUUAACGUCUUUGAGGACAUCAUGUGUACCGUGGUUUCCGUGCACAUCUUGGACAUCAAAACGAUCGUGGAGUGUACAAGAGAAACAGCAAAUAUCGUGGUGGAGGCAGCGAGAAAGUACGGAGGAGGCAUUGAUGUCUUUCUGCCGGAACUCUUUAACUUGAAUUUUCCUCGUCGGGGAGAAAGCCACUCCGAUAAGAUCGACGCAACGUUUUGCGCCCUUGAAAUCCAUCGAAACCUCCCUGAUGCCGUAAGGCGUUGCUGUGCCAUUCUUGUUGACAGUGGUGUCUUUCACUUUGGCGUCUGCGGUGGCCCUGAGAAGAAAGAACCCGUUUUAUGGGGCAGGACCAUAAGUACGGAUGUGAUACAGGUGCAGCGCUGCUACGGUGUUUCGCUUGCCAUACUUCAUUCUACAGUUCCCUUCAUUCGUUCCCGUGUGCAUGUGCUUCCUUUUGCAUCCGUUCGUGUUCACGCGCCCGACAUGCCGCCUAAAGCCACGUUUCACAUUGUUAUUGAGGACAUCGUGAAUGAGUCAUCGUGGCAGUGCGUGGAGGAGACCUAUUUGAAGGGGUUUCGUUACCUGACGAUUAAGGCGUCGUCGGAGGCACGCAUGUGUUUUGAAAGCCUUCUCGCCUCCCCGUAUGUGACGCCCCAGCUGAUGUGCCUCCUCCGUUGUCAACUGGCCCAGGUGCAGGAGUGCGACCUAAGGUCGGGUGGGGCGAUGACGCCGGAGCGGCGCCACUUGGGCUCAGAUCGUGUGGACACCACGACAUCGCGGUGGUCGCCUGUCUCAGUGGCGCACAGCGAAACCACAAUGACGGGGGUGCACCAUCCCCCGCACACCCCGCGCGGCUCACGGCGACGACCCACAUACAGUGACACCUCAAGCGGAUCCUCAGAGGCGCGAGUCUCAUCGGCAGGGCGAAGCAUCAUGCAUGAAUUUUGGGACAAGAAAAAUGUCCGGUGGAAACGCGCAGCUGAAAGCUUCCCUGAGUACGGACGAUUUUCUGUCUUUCUAGGCAUCAGUGAUACAGGAACUCUCGCGGCACUCAAAUUUGUGCCAAUCGCAUCGCUCCAAGAGUGUGGAUUUGCUGACCUGGAAACUCUUGAACGCGUCUGGGCACAUGCACUGACACUUUACCACGAGAACAUAGUACAGUUUCUUGGCUAUGGUCAAUCAAAGGAAUAUGUGUGUUCUAUCAUGGAAUAUGUUCCAGGUGGAUCGCUGCGUGACACACUGAGACGCUACGGCCGUCCCUUGCCACUUAUGGCGAUAAAGCGGUUUUUGGUAAGUGCAUUGCGGGGCCUGGAAUAUCUACACAAUCGUGGUCUCGUUCACGGCUGUCUUCGACCUGAAGCUGUUCUGGUGGCUGUGGAAGGUCUAUACAAGUUGCAUGGAGCCAGCACGGCAUGUACCGCAGAGGCAGCAGCCUCAAUGACGCCAGAGAGCUUGCGGCCGCAAUCUUGCUGUAAUAGAUGGGCUUAUAGCAGUCCGGAGGUCUUUGCCACCGGUAAUGGCGGCGCAGCAGCAGACAUUUACGCUGUGGGAGUCAUUUUACUGGAGCUGAUUACAAACCAAAUGCCGUGGCGCUGGAUUGACAAGGCGGCGACACAGCAGCAGCAGGACAUUUCCCCCGCUGAGGAUGACAACACCCGGCAACAAAACACAAAGAAAACUCUCCCAGACCUUGCAACUAUUCUUUCAGACUAUGAUCGCAUGAAAGAAGCCCAAGUUCAAGGAAGCAUUGCACUGGUGGAAAUUCCACGGGAAGGAGAUGCCAUCAUUCAAGAGGUACUACAAAGUUGCUUGGUGACAGAUCCCAAGGGACGCAAAACAGCUUCCGAGCUUCUGCAGCUCCUGAGUCGAAUGCAGUGA